UUAUCAAAUAAAUCGUUUCUUGAAAUACUUGUUUGCCAAACUCAUCUUUUGGAGCUUCCAACAAAUGCUGAAGGCGGGAAGAGAGAUGGUGUGGCCAAUCCCCUCAAAAUUAGCUCGUCGGAUGAUUCCAACACUGGUUUGUAGAGACUCGUUUGGCUGCUGCUCACUCGUUUCUGGUUUAACCAAUUCCUCUCUGGCUCAAAUUCACAGAAAAUCAUCUGUUCCAAACAAGACAAAUUCUGCACAAGUUGAAGGCAUCCCCGUCCAAUUUCCGCCUUCGAUCAAAAGCAACCUGGUUCUGAGGCCGGAGGCAUCAAAUGAUUCCGAGGAUCUCGCUGGUGAAUUUACAAAAUUUAAAGUAGAAAACGUAUCGAAAGCUAAGGACGGGAUGGACUCGUUUGUAGCGAUGAAAGAGAGGUUUCUGAGUUUUAAAAAGCACAAAUUUUUGAAAGAGUCAGAGCAUUUCCAAACCCUAGCUCAAGUACAAGCACCCAAGUUCAUGGUGAUUGCUUGUGCAGACUCUAGGGUUUGUCCGUCUAAUAUCCUAGGGUUUCAACCAGGGGAAGCUUUCAUGGUUAGAAAUGUAGCAAACCUUGUUCCCCCAUUUGAGUAUGGAACAUCAGAAACUAAUGCCGCCCUUGAGUUUGCAGUAAAUACUCUUCAAGUUGAAAACAUAUUAGUCAUUGGCCACAGUAGCUGUGCAGGAAUUCAGACCCUAUUGAGAAUGCAAGAUGACGGUGAUUCAAGUAGCUUUACUCAAAGUUGGGUUAACAACGCGAAAAUCGCUAAACUAAGAACAAAAUCUAUUGCACAGCACCUCAGCUUUGAACAACAGUGCAGGCACUGUGAGAAGGAAUCGAUCAAUCGUUCAUUGGUGAAUCUUCGGACAUACCCGUGGAUAGAAAACAAAGCAAAGAAAGAGUUGAUCUGUCUACAUGGAGGAUAUUACGAUUUUUCGAGUUGUACAUUUGAGAAAUGGAGCCUUGAUAUAAAUGGCAGCAGCAGCUUUGUAGGAGGCAGAUACUUGAUCAAAGACGAAGCACUUUGGCGCUGAAUUUCUUGGUUCUUCCAUUGAAAGAAUGUUCAUUCUCCACAUUGUAAAUGCUAGGCUAGGUGGGCUUCAACUUUGAAGGCGUACACAAGCAACAAGAAAAAUUUAUUCAUAUUCCAAAUUGUCCCCUGAAGUUAUCUUAUUUCAUUUUUUGUCCCUGAGUUUUUCAGGCAAGAUUUUAUCAAGACAACUACUAUUAAUUGUGUGGUUAUUCACUUGGAGGCAUUAUGUAAUAGCUUAAUAUUGUAGUUUUUUAUUGGAAAAACCCUAAGCCUAUAAAUAGGCUACCUGAUGAGAAUAGUACUGUCUUAUUUUCUCCA